GUUUCUGUUGCGGGCGAGGCCUUGUCGGAAAGUGGCCAGAUCAACAGUCAACCAAUUGUUCUUCCAGAAUGCAAUCUACAUGAGGAUAUCGGAAGUCUACUUUUUAAGCAACUCUUAACCGAUGUGACCUUGGUUGUUGUCAGUCGUGGCACUGGAGCCAAUUCUCAUUCUCUUCCUACGGAAACUUGUGCAGUUCCUAAUUCUAGCCAACCUAGAGAGUCGUCAAAUGAUCGAGAGCCAUCUGAUUCUAUCAUUUCCCCUGCCACUACCCGGAAUUGUACCCAUCAUCAUCACAAUCACUUGCAUCACUUCGCUCUUCAUCAACCGUGCCCUCACGCUCACAAUCACAUAACAGACUCCAGCUCGAAUGAAGAACGCCCCUUGCAUACCUACUCAAAGCCUCUCAUGGUGGAAGAUGAAGCUAUUCAUGAAGUCUGUGAUGAAAAUCAGGGGGUUAGCUCUGAAGUUGAUUAUCGGGAAGCCGCCAACUCCACUAGAUCAGACGAUUCUCGUGGAAAGUCUGAUGAAUCUAAAAUGCAAACGGGUCAAAAGACCAUUAGCCGUGAUAUUAAUCGUAAAAUAUUUUCAUCGCUUGAGAAGAACAAUAUUAAUGAAAAUGGAGGCGCAAACGCCGAUCCUCUUUUAAAAAUGUCCGCUCUUCGUUGUUCCAUACGUUCUACUUCUCAAAAAUCGCCCUUGAAACCUGAGGAGUUUGCCUUGUUUUCUGACAGUACAUCUUCAAAAUCGCCCAACUCCAGCCGAGGCAGGAUACGGGGAGGGCGAAACUUGGUUGCUAGUGCAAAUUCGAAGCAUGCUGCGUUUGGAAAUAAAUCACAUUGCUCAUCUUGCAUAUGCUCUAGUGGAACAAGUUCUGGUACAAAUAUGGCUACAUGCUCCUCUGUUCUCUGUGACGCCUGUCAGCAAUACCAAAUUCGCUCAAACUCAACAAAUCGAGGUGGCUGUUUUGCCGCUCAGAGAUCUAAUUUGAAUGAGAAAGUCAUUGAUCCUACAAACAGGUCCUCUGAAUUUCAUACUUAUAUAUUUAAUGGAAGCUUGCCAGCAGAGCAUAUUUCGCGUUUCGACUCUGAAGGAAAACAGAUACCCGUCUCUUCAGAAUAUUUUCCUGAAAUUGAGUUAAAUGAAUCAAUUGAACCUGCAAAGCCAUCUCGCUCAGAUCAACCUGGUUCUCGGUUCGCCUCUGCCAUUUGUUCGGACGAAGUCAACUCAACACCGUCACACGUAGUUAGCAGGACCCUUGGUCUUGACUAUUCAGUAGCUACAGUUAACGCCACCUCCUCAUCCUCUACCUCAUCUACUACUACAUCUGCUCCAAGCGCUUCGAGCUGUUCAUCCGUUGAAUUAUUAAGCUUUCGGAAGGGAUUUACCGGUAGAAUGCAGCCCUCCGGCGCCAAAAAGUCAGAAUCAACUGGAGCAAUCAGUCUUGAGGCUGAACCAAGUGCCAUUGCUUGUGAGGAUGCGUCAUCUGUUCCUGGGGUUGGACUAAGUCAGAACCUUUGUUCAUCCUCAGCCGUCCCUGUCUCAGCCUCCCCUGCCGGCCUCAAUUCAGGGUCCGCAUUUUCCGCAUCUCAACCAGUUCUUGAGACACCUGGUGAGUCUGCCAGUAAUUCUGAGUCCUCGGAAGUCCAGCUCCAGCUUGUCUCAAAUCCGUCGUGCGCACAUAUACCACACUCAUUGACUCCGACCUCAACAACAACCACGGCAGUAGCUGGUACUGGUUCUUCUUCCCUAAAUGCAUUGCAAGUGGCUGUAAGUUCUCGUAUCCCUUCCAGUGAGAGUGAAGAAGUUGUUGUCGAACCGGCUGUCUCCACAGUAACUGCAGCUGCCCCAUUGUCUCAGUGUUCAGCCGGAUGCUGCUGUUCGACUGCGUUGGCUGCUUGCCCUCUUUGCCAAACUUAUGCAUUGGCUAAUCAAACGAGUGCUCACGAACUGCGUGGGCAUAGUGCGACCAUGGGCGCCACCACUGCCUUGACUACCAUUACCACCACCACCGUCACCAGUGCAUAUAAUAACAAUAGUAAUAGUGCCGUUGGUAAGUUUUUCUUGCUCUAA